CGGAGAAACGGAUAGGAAUAGGAUAGACCUGCUGCUUCCCAGCGUAAAGAAGAGAAGAGUGAGACACAAAAGAACCAGAGCUGUGAGCUCUGAGACAAGAGAGAGCAAAUUGCAACAAUGGCUUCUGUGACACUUUCCUUAUGCUCAUCCCUCGCAGCCCAUUGCAGAAUCUCUCCAAAGCAAAACCCAUCAACACCAACACUGUCUUUCUCUAACAAUGCCAAUCUCACCUUUCUCUCUCUCUCUUCCCACAACCACUCUCGCUCUUCUUCUUCUUCUUCUUCUUCACACACAUUCCAUUUCCUCCCCAAAUCCUCAGAAUCAGAAGCAGCCGUGCUCGAUUCCGAGACCCGAUCCCCCGAAAUCGAUUCUCCAGAGCCUGAAGCUGCUCAAAUCGUCGAAACCUCCUCAGAACAAGUCCCCAAGCGUGAGCAAGUGUUCGCUGUGGUCAUGGUUGGAUCACGUCAAUACAUUGUAUUUCCUGGUCGGUUUAUAUAUACUCAGAGGCUCAAAGACGCUAAUGUCAAUGAUAAGAUUAUCCUAAACAAGGUGUUGCUCGUUGGAACCCGAAACAGUACCUACAUUGGAAAACCAGUGGUGACUAAUGCUGCUGUACAUGCUGUAGUUGAAGAGCAGGGUUUAAAUCCCAAAGUAAUUGUCUUCAAGUAUAAGAAGAAGAAAAACUAUCGGAGAAAUAUUGGUCAUCGACAGCCAAAUACAAGGAUACGGAUAACCGGUAUCACUGGCUAUGAGGACUAUCCAGCUGUCACGCUUGAGUCAUAGGAUUUCUUGGCGAGGUUAAGAUUGACAUCUGAAUGUUUUGUGGAGGCUUUGAUCUCACAUUUUGUAUGUAAUUUCCUUUGUAGGGUAGCCCCAGCAAUGAAUUAUAAAAAUUAUUUUGUGCUGAAAUGAAUUUUAUUCAACUAGAAUUUGUUGUGUA